GCUUCUAUUGAAGAAAUAAAACCUAUUGGAACUGCCAUAAAAUGUGACUUAAAAAUGGGAGUUUAUUCAAAGGACAGAAAGGUUGAUUUCAUAAUCACUAGUGGCAACGAGCAAGGCGCCUUCAAAGUGCAAACUCGUCAUGUCAAAGACUUUUAUUUUUUUUAUAUUAUUUCAGCUAGAAGAUUAAAUAGAGAGAGUACUCCAUUAUACUUUUUUUUUGUGGUUGCUCAGGAUUCUGCAAGCAAAAGAACACUCGACAUUACUAAAGUAAAUAUUACAGUAAAAGACUCGAACGACAAUCGACCCAUAUUCUUGAAAAGAUUUUUUUUCGUAACUGUAUCAGAAGACACUCCAAUGCAUACUUCUAUAGCUAAAAUUUUUUUAGUAGAUGCUGAUGUUGGUAGUAAUGGCUUAGUGUAUUACUCGUUCAGUUUUUUUACAAAUGAAUUUGCUAUACAUCCUAUAUCUGGUGUAGUGACUGUGGCACGCAAAUUGGACAGCACAAGAGACAAAGURCAAAAACUCACUGUCGUUGCUCGCGUUUUUUUACUUAAAUCAAAAAGCACAAGGAAAUGCAAAAUAACUAUAAGAAUUCAUUUUUUUAAUCAGUUUUCCCCAGUGAUUACAAUAGUUAAACAGCUUUCAAGUGUAUUUUUUUGGUCUGAUGGCAUGGUUUAUGCUACUUUGGAGGUAAUUGAUCAAGAUAUUUUUUUCAAUGGUCAUAUUGAUAGACUCGAGAUAACAUCAGGAAAUGUUGAUGGUUGUUUUGGGAUUAAAUCCCCAUCAAARGACAUCAAUAAUUUCACAUCUGAAUUGUUUUUUUUCAAACCACUUGAUCAUGAAAAGGCACCUUAUGGAUAUAACUUGACAAUUUUUUUAUUUGAUGCUGGAAACCCAAGWAGAAAUGGYUCCAUAAACUUACAGGUUUUUUUUAAUGAUAUUAAUGACAACAAUCCAGAGUUUGAAAAUAGCAGCUAUCAAGCUAAGCUCUCUGAGCUGUCCCCACCACAUACACCAGUAGUUAAAGUCUUUGCUAUUUUUUUAGAURGUGGUUCAAACGGCGAAGUAUCAUAUGCUAUCACCAGAGGAAAUAAUGAUGGAAAGUUUGAAAUCAACUCUAAAACAGGACAAAUUUACACUAAUGGCUACUUGGACUUUGAGUACAAACAGAGUUAUGACCUUCAAAUUGCUGCUCUAGACGUUUUUUUACCUUCAUCAAGACGACUAUCAAAUAUUGGUGUGUUUGURCAGGUCCUUGAUGCAAAUGAUCACAGCCCUUCUUUCCAGAAAUCCAUUUAUGAAAAAGACUUAUUUUUUUAUUUAACAGCUGGUACAAGUGUUUUUUCUGUCAAUGCGAGAGAUAAGGUUUUUUUUGACAAUGGAAAGGUUCGCUACAGUAUUGCCAAUGUUGAACCAGUUCCUUUUUUUAUUGAUGACAAGACAGGUGAUAUCAAAGCCUUGACCAACCUUGACAGAUUUUUUUGACUACCAGAGUAYAUUCACCUGCAAGUACGUGCAUCGGACUUCGGCAUUUUUUUGCGUAGAGAGUCAGAAGUCAUUGUAAAGUUUAGAAUACAUGCUAUUAAUUUUUUUCUUCCUAUUCUAAAACAAUACAAGUGUGAUAUAUACCUGGAUCGUGAUUUUUUUUCUGGUGUGUUAUUAACAACUAUUAAAGCUGUUGACGUAGAUCUUGGAGAAUCAAAUCAACAGCUGACAUACAAAUUUACUUUUGGCAACACUGGAAAUGUCUUUUUUUUUGACUUUAAAACUGGUGAGCUCAAAACUGCAAAAACUUUAGAAAGAGCUUUUUUUUAGUAUACUCUGUAUGUGAAAGCUUUUGAUGGUAUGCAAGAAUCUCCUGAUAGUCACCCUGCUGUAUUGAAAGUACAUGUUAUCACUGGUCGUGAAGCCAGAAAACUCUCAAACCAUGUCAAAUCUACAUGUGUUGAUUCUCCGCUUUAUGCUAAAGCAUUUUUUUCAAAGAUGAARCAGUCCAAAAACAAGCCCUCGWCACCUCAAAGUAAACUUUUUUUUAAGAUACGCAAUCGACACACUCCUGUYUUCAGGUCACACGAUGCYAGUUUUUUUGUCAAAGARGAUGCUUCAAAGGGCACAGUAUUGACGCAGCUYGUUGCUUUUUUUUAGGAUAAAAGUUUUAAUGGUCUUGUUGUUUAUUCUAUCGUCAAGGGUGUUUUUUUCAGUGUUUUUAACAUUGAMAUGUUUACUGGAAARCUGUACAUUAACCGUUUUUUUGACAGAGAAAAGACUGACUCGUAUUCACUCAACAUCUCAGCUUCAGACUGCGGGAAGAGACACAGAACUGCUUAUACAACUCUCCAAGUACUAGUAUUAGAUGUUAAUGACAACAGUCCAGUGUUUACCAAGUCCAGAUAUUAUGCAAAACUUAAUGAAGAUGUAACUAUCGGCCAACCAGUUGUUGAAGUAAAGGCAGCUGACAAAGACAAAUUUUUUUAUGGCGAAAUAAAAUAUGAACUAUUGAAUGAUUUUGAUGGUAAAUUCAGAAUUCAUAGUACUACUGGUGUCAUUAAUGUUGCUUCAAGUCUUGAUUAUGAACAAAAAUCCAACUAUGUAAUUCCAGUCAAGGCAGUUGAUGGCUCUUUGGAACAUCCAUUUUUUUGCUACACUGAGGUACAUUUGAGCUUGAUUGACAUUAAUGACAAUGCACUUUUUUUUACACCCAGUAGCUUAAACAUUUCUAUCCCUGAGGAUUUGCUUACUGAUUUUUUUGUUACUACUAUUCUUGCUGUGGACCCUGAUUCAGGACCUGGUGGUAAAUUUUUUUAUUCAUUACUUGAAGGAAAGAAUAAGUUUAAAAUCGACCAAGAAAGUGUUUUUUUAAGACUCAGAAGGAAAGUUAAUCACGAGCGUGUUUCAGCAUACAAUGUUACAGUACGUGUGUCGGACCAAGGACAGCCAAGUCUUUCCACCGAUGUGCACAUUUUUUUUUACAUUCUUAACGUGAAUGAAAAUCGAUUUGCACCAGUGUUUACGGGAGGAAAUCUUCUUAGAGCGCCAGUCUACGAGAAUCUUGAUCCAGGAACCAUAGURCUUUUUUUUAAAGCUACCGAUAAAGAGAAAGAUUCCUGGUACUUGAAAUAUGCCAUUAUUGAUGGAACUGGCGUUGAUAAGUUUGUAAUUGACCCAGAUACAGGUGCAAUUCUUUUUUUUCAAAAACUAGAUCAUGAAGAAAUUGGACAUUACUGGCUGACUGUUCAAGCUAAAGAUGGCGAGAUUCAUCCACUGUACACAAAUAUUCCUGUACUUAUUGAGGUUUUGGACGUGAAUGAUGAGGCGCCAUAUUUUAAYCCAUUGAUGUACUACCCWCUUUUUUUUGAGAACAAGAAAGCUGGUACUUAUGUUGUCAACGUAACGGCCAUUGAUCCUGACUCUGACGGCUCAAGACUCACUUAUAAGAUUAUCAAAGGCAACAAUGAUCACGCUUUUACUAUUCAUCGUCGCACUGGAGUAAUAACGACYCUUAAACCACUAGUUUUUUUGGAUAAAGCUGAAUAUACUCUGGUUGUCAUGGCUUCAGACGGAGGAUCUUUUUUUAAAAAUGCUAAUGUAACAUUUACUAUCAAAGUAACCGAUGAUAACGACCACGCUCCAAAGUUCACUGACGACCAAUACAUCAUUCUUACCGUGCCAAGGAAAGCUGCUUCAAAGCCCGCUCAAGUGUUCGAUAUACUAGCAUCUGAUAARGACAUUGGUUUUUUUGCUGACUUGACGUACUCCAUUGUCGAUGGGAAUUCACAGGGUAAAAUGUUUUUUUACUCCAAAGCUGGUAUUUUAUAUUGUGCAAGCGAUCUUGUGGAUGGCGUUUUUUUUGAUCUGACAGUAAACGCCAGGGAUAGAGGACAACCAAGUAAAUCUACUUUUUUUACUGUAACAAUUGAUGUAGUAGCUGGUAAUCCUAAAAGCGCUAACCCUUUUUUUUUUUGGCAAGACAGUUACUCUGCAGACAUUGCCGAGAACGCUGAAGUUGUUUUUUUUGUGGCUGGUUUAAUGGCUGACGACCCGGACAACGAUCAGCUAAGGUUUUUUUUUACGGCAGGCAAUGUUGGUAAUAAAUUCACUAUUGAACGGUUGGGUGGGUUUUUUUCUGUUGCACGCUCACUAGACCGAGAAGCCAAGAGCUCUUACUCGUUGAUUUUUUUAGUGACUGAUGGCUACAACCCAGUCGACACCAAACUUGAUGUCAGAGUGUUGGACAUUAAUGACAAUGCACCACAACCUGAACGCAAGCAGUAUCGAGCUCACGUUCGUGAAGAUGUGAAGAUUGGAACUCUUGUGACUACUGUUAAAGCCACUGACCCCGAUGCAGGUGUCAACGGUGAAGUCGCAUACACCCUUGUUGGUUCCUCUAAAUCAAAAUCAACGUCUCUCUUCAAGAUUUUUUUUAUUUCAGGACAAAUAUCAACCACCAAGACACUAGACUAUGAAGACACUAGAGAGCAUGUGCUGAUGAUCAAAGCUAAGGAUAGAGGAAGACCAAAGAAGUCCAGUCUAUUUUCAGUCGUUAUUUCAGUGAUCGACGUCAAUGACCAUAAGCCACUGUUCGUUAAACCAUCCUACGAAGCAGAAGUCAGCUUUAAUGCAGCCAUCGGUAGCCCGUUUUUUUAAGUUGUAGCCACUGAUGAAGACGACGGAACYAAUGCUAAGUUAAAGUUUUUUUUAGCAAAAGGAAAUGCUAAUGGAUCCAUAUCUGUUGAUCAGAACUCUGGCCUGGUACGAGUCAGUAAUAAAUUAAGUCCUUUUAUCAAGGACUACGUAUUGAAAAUCCAAGCGGCUGAUGGUGGAACUCCGUCUCUGAUUGCUCAGACUAAUGUUAAGAUUAUUUUUUUAGGAGUAAAGGAAAAGCUAUCGUUCGACAGGCCUAUCUAUGAAGCAAAUUUUUUUGAGAACUCCAUUCCUGGACAAGCCUUAGUAACUGUUGCAUAUAAUGGUUUUUUUUCAGUCUAUGAGAUUGUAUCAUCUGAAAGUAGUUGUUGGAAAAAGUUUGAAGUGCAACGACAGUCUGGUGUUGUGGUCAAUAAGGUGCAAUUUGACGCCGAAGAAAUAAGUCGGUGCAAAUUUCAAGUCCGUGCCACCAGUAUUGAUGGUCAGCAGUCAACGGCAUUUGUAAUAAUCACGGUGGUAGAUGAGAACGACAAUGCGCCAGUUUUCGCGCAUGAGCACUUCAUCGGGCAUGUUGCAGAAGGUGUAGCUGUUGGGUCUCCUGUGUUAGAUUCCAAGGGAAAACCGCUGGUUACUAGUGCAACUGACAUUGAUGUCACGGAUAAUGAUAAACUAACAUAUGAAAUAGUGGAUCUUAAUGCAAAGAAUGCGUUUGCAGUUCAUCCUGCAACUGGUGCCGUCACUACAAAUAAGGACAUUGAUUAUGAAACCACAUCAACGUACAAGUUCAAAGUGAAAGUAACCGACUCAGGUGAUCCUAAACAGUCCGCUUUCGCCGAUGUUGAGAUCAAAGUCGACGACAUUAAUGAUGUAGCUCCAGUAUUCACAGCAUCGACAUAUCACGCAACAGUUUACCUACCAACAGUUGCUAACACCAUGGUCGUCAAGGUGACAGCAACAGAUACCGAUAGUCCAAGUCUGUCAUAUUCACUAGCAGAUGAUGACUUGAGGAUGAUGUUUCAAAUUGAAYCAACCAAAGGUGUCAUCACCGUUAAGAACGAAUCUAAAAUAGUACAAGGAACCUACAAGUUGACAGUUGUUGUCAGUGACGGAAACUUCUCGUCUCAAGCUCAUGUCAGGGUUCGUUGUCAGCCAUUAUUACCCAGUUCGUUGCAAUUCAGACAACGUAACUACACCGCGUCAGUCGUUGAGGGUGUUACGUCAGAAAAAGACUUACUCGUACCUCAAGUAAUUGGUUAUCCCAUUGGCGAAACUAUCAYCUUCUCCAUCGUAAACCCCUCGGAUCUCUUCGUAAUUAGCCCGAGUACUGGAGUCGUUACUAUAAAAGGAGGGAAGGAACUCGACCGAGAGKUAACCGAUUCGUAUSAGAUCGURAUUCAAGCACGUGAUAGCAACGUGCCCCCUGCGAUUGCGCAGACAGUCUUGAACGUGAUAGUCGAUGACGUCAAUGAUAACCGUCCUGUGUUUGUUGGUGUCCCGUAUUACAUCGUGUUACAGCUUGGUGUCAGAUUGAACAGCAAAGUUGGACAAGUAAAAGCAGAAGAUGCCGAUAUUGGUAACAAUGGCGAAUUAAGGUACAUCCUCAAAGGAGGUGACGACGGUCGAUUCAAAGUCAAUCACAAAACCGGUGAAGUCACUGUGCGCAAAUCCCUUGAUGACGUCAUAGUACCAAAGCUUUUCACCCUGAUUGUAGAGGCACACGAUAAAGGACGGCCUCGCUUCAGCACCGAGACCGAGGUGAAGGUCAAGGUCGUUGACAGGGAGACGCCAGUGUUCGACCAAUUGUCAUUCAGUAAACUAGUACCGGAAGAUGUCAAAGUUGGAAGUGAUGUCACUCACGUGACCGCGAGAAGUCCUAAUGGCGCUGAGGUGCUGUACAGCAUCACUAAAGGCGACCCACUGAACCAGUUUAAUAUUGACUUCAAGACUGGAAUGAUCACAGUCGCUGCAUCUUUAGACUUCGAGUCCAUGCCUGAAUACAAACUYAUCGUUCGAGCCACGGAUGCCAAGACGUCAGCCCACGCCGAAGUYGUAGUAGAUGUCAUGGUGACAGAUGUCAAUGACAUCGCCCCAGUCUUCAACCGUUCGUUCUAUCUAGCCAAAACCCCUGAAAAUACCUCUGUUGGUACCCCGGUCGUUACCGUGCAAGCUAUGGACGGUGAUUCGGGKAUUAACAAACAAAUYAGUUACAGCAUCCAGAAUGCYAGUAAGGAGAACCAGUAUUUUAUCAUCAACARAACAUCAGGAGUGUUGUCAGUGGCUAAAGACCUUGACUAUGAGACACGUGUGGUACAUGAGAUGAUCAUUGUGGCGUCRGAUGGCGGCGUCCCCGUGUUAACGGGUGAGACUCGUGUCCGAGUUGUUCUUCAAGAUGCUAACGAUAACCCGCCUUCCUUUGAGAAAACCAUGUAUGCAGCUUCUAUCCUUGGCAACGCUGGCCCAGGUCACUUUGUCAUGCGUGUCAUAGCAACUGACCCGGAUUAUACUGACGUAACAAAGCUUACAUACGCUAUCGUUAGUGGUAAAGGAAGGCAACACUUUAAUAUUGAUCCUAAAAGUGGUGUAAUAACAAUGUCUCGUGUAGUUGGAAUACAAAGAGGUAAAGUGUACGACCUGUCAAUCACUGUCAGCGAUGGUAAACACACCGCCAAGUCACGUGUCAGAAUCAUUAUUGGCGAUACAAACAGCCACAGCCCAGUCUUUACCAAGGAUGUCUAUCAGGUCGAAUUCAAUGAGAAUUACCCAGAAGGCACUUUUGUCACCAUGGUUUCAGCCACCGAUUUGGAUUCUGGGAACUACGCACGAAUUAAGUACACCAUUGAYAGUGUGGAUGCCAUGCGCAGAUUUAGGAUCGACGCUGACUCUGGAAUGUUGUACAGCAGGCUCAUGUUUGAUCGAGAGAAUGCUUCACAGGCUGUUAUGUCUGUACCAGUACGKGCUACUGAUGGUGGUGGACGAUUUGGUUUCUGUAUUGUCGAGGUUCUUCUUAUUGACGAAAACGAUAACCAGCCCAAGUUUGAAUUCAAACGAUAUGACACUACAAUAUCACGUUCUGUUGUCAUGGGAACAUCUAUUCUAAUCACGACAGCUAUUGAUGACGAUGCCGGAAGUAAUUCUGAUUUGACAUACUUGAUCCUUGGUCACCAAACUCCGCCCAUCUUUUCUAUUGGAGAGAAGAGUGGCAUCAUCAAAGUGGUUCGCGUACCRGAAGUAAAGACAUAUAACUUCUUUGUGCUUGUGAAGGACAAUGGUAACCCUCAGUUAAGCAGCUUGGUGCCUGUCAAGGUYGAMGUWUUAGCUCAUGAUGUUAAGAUUCUGCAUUUUAAGAAGCCUAAAUACGAUGUUGUUGUMUCGGAGGGUGCGGCAGUCGGUGAGGAAGUGGCACCAUUAAAACUUGUCGUUCCUACWGGCAGAAAGCCGUCCAUASAAUACACYAUAGUACGCAGCAACGCUAAUCGCGAUAAGAAAGCAUUUUUCAUUGAUACAUCAGGACGUAUYCGUGUAAAUGGAAUCCUGGACUACGAGACUACCAAACGUUAUGUCAUGGUAGUAGAGGCAAACGCGUCGUCUAUCAAUCAAGUGGCGCGCACUGCUGUAGUGAUCACCAUYCAAGAUGUAAAUGACAACAAACCUGCAUUCGUGUCAAACCCUUACCAUGUGAGUAUCCCAGAAAAUAUYGACAUCGGUUCAAGAGUGCUGCGCGUGUUUGCUGAGGACUUGGACAGUGGAAAAAAUGGUGAAGUUGUCUACGAAAUCUCAGCUCGUGAUCUUUCGGUCAAACGUAAAUUCGACAUUGAUCGUAAAACUGGAUGGAUUACUACUAAAGGUGCUCUUGAUCGAGARGACAUGGGRUCCUUUGAGUUUGAAGUACGCGCCAUUGAUAAUGGUGAAAACGCACAGCUAUCAAGYACCACYACAGUACGAGCUGUCAUCCUUGAUGUCAAUGACUCGCCUCCUAAAUUCAGCCAAUCGGUAUUCACCACGUCAGUAAAAGAAGAUGCGCUGAUUGGUCAGACGGUGACUACCAUUAGAGCAACAGACGAUGAUCUCAAGUCAGAUAUUUUUUACUUCAUUUUGUCGGGUGAUCCACAAGCGAAGUUUGGYAUUGAGCGUAAGACUGGGGUGAUAUUCGUUCAUGGCGCUUUAGACCGUGAAAAAGUCGCUUCAUAUAAACUUAAUGUUAGUGCAUCUGAUGGCUUGUUCACUAGUUUCUCUCAAGUCAAGAUCACUGUUGAAGAUGCCAAUGACAAUGCUCCAGUGUGCACACAAUCCAUCUACGUYGUCCAUGUACCUGAGAGUCUUAAGAAACGCAGCAGAGUGUUGACUGUUAUGGCUACUGACGCUGAUAUUGGUAUUAAUGCACGCCUGAAUUACACUGUAUAUGGACAGGGCGCGAAAGUCUUCACUGUUGACGGUGCAACAGGUCACAUGACCACAUUGACAACACUGGACAGAGAGACGCGCCCGUAUUACAACUUCAUGGUGUCAGCGGCUGAUAUCGCUGGCCAAUCGUGUUUCACCAACGUCACCAUUCAUUUAGAUGACGUCAAUGAUAAUCAUCCGGUGUUUAGCCAACGUCGCUACAUCGCGUCAGUCUACGAAGACGCCCCACUGAAAAAGGUCCUCCUACAAGUCAAGGCUGAGGACCCUGAUGUUGGCGUAAAUCGUAAGAUAACCUAUACACUAGUGUCAGAUGCGAAGGGAACGUUUGAGAUCGAGUCUGGUACAGGAAUGAUAUCRCUUUCUAAGCCCCUCAAUAGAGAGCGCCAGGAGAACUACACCCUGCAAGUUAAGGCUCAAGAUGGCGGCACCCCAUCAUUAUCAUCCACGGCUUUCGUUGAGAUUCAAGUGUUGAAUAUUAACGAUGUUCCUCCUGAGUUUUCAGCCAGUGUUUAUCGUUGUAAUAUCAGUGAGAAUGCACUGGAAGGAGAAAGGGUUAUCACCGUCCAUGCCAUCAACCGAGAGUCGAGCAAAGAUGACAUAACGUACCGUAUCUUAAAAGGACCUGACUCUCAUCUCUUUAGAAUUCGUAGCCGAUCUGGAACUAUUCGACUAAAGAGAAGGCUAGAUUACGAAAAGGAAAAAUCGUAUACRCUAACAGUUCAAGCAAGUGACAGUGGACCACCUGUAUUGACGAGUACAGUCUUAGUCAAGAUUGAUGUAACGGAUGCUAACGACAAUCCACCGAUUUUCAGCGAAAAGCAAUAUUUGUCGAAAGUCGAAGAGAAUUCUAACCCUGGUACUUUUGUACUUCAAGUAUUUGCCACGGAUAAAGACACUGGUUCUAAUAGUAAAAUACAGUAUUCGAUCAAAUCUGGUAAUGAAGAAGGUAUGUUUGACAUCAAUCAAGCUACUGGUAUCAUCAGCGUAGCCUCCUCUAUCGACAGAGAAGCCGUAGCAGAGUUCAGACUAGUAAUCCAAGCAAGAGACCAAGGAAAUCCUUUUAAACAGGCAGAAACAGUGGCUAAGAUAACUGUGAYGGAUAUCAACGACAAUCCACCGACUCUAACUCAAGGGAACAUCACGGAAAUCAUUAAAGAAAAUAUUCCCCUGCACUCGACUGUUUACCAUUUAAUGCCACUUGACAAGGACAGUCCCGGUAAUGGCGCUCCGUUUACUUUCACUUUGAUCUCUGGUGGAAAUGGCAUGUUUGCUGUCGACCAAACCAAAGGAGUGAUUACCAACGUGAAGCCUGUGACACGAGGCGACUACAAGUUACGUAUUCAGAUGAUUGAUAGUGGACACCCACCUCAAAGCAGUGAAGUGUCUGUAACAAUUAGAGUCGUGGAAAGUGUAGUUCACCCGCCUGUGGUCGAACCGCUGACAAUCUACGUCAGCCUUUACAAUUCGUACUUUAAUGGUGGAGUUAUUGGACGAGUGAAAGGAAAAGACAAAGAUGGCGAUAAACUCUCCUACUCACUAGUCAAGACAAAUCGACAAUCAUCAUUGAAAAUCGAUAAAGAAGGCACAGUGAGUGCUCUACAGUCUUUGGCCAGCGGAGUCCAUAAACUGAACGUCAGCAUCACAGGCGGUGGAUUUACCGUCUAUAGUCACGUGACUGUGGUUGUGUCUGACGUCACUGAAGGGCUUCAAGAAAACUCUUUGACGUUGCGGCUGUACCAAAUGACUGCGGGCACGUUCGUCGAGAAGAACUUUGAAAGGUGCAAGUCAUUCUUCGCACGAUUGCUUAAUGUCCCUCCUGAAAAUGUUCAUAUUUGGAGUUUGCAAUCUGCUGACGAAGAUCUUGACGUGGUUGUGUCGGUCAAGAAGGCACGCAAGGGUCUUUUUGAGUCUUCGUACAUCGCCAAGAAGUUAAACGCCUCCAGAAUCCUUUUCGAGAGAGGUGUUGGUGUUCGUCUGGCAUCAAUCGGUACAAGUCAGUGUAAAUUACUGGACUGCCCCAAGCAUCUUACCUGCAGUGAUGUUUACAAACCAGAAAACAAACAACUACGAAUCAUGUCGGACAAGACAAGUUACAUCUCUUACGAACACUCGAGGAGUCAUACUUGCACGUGUAAAGACAAGUCUGGGGUUUGUGGUGCUGCGAAGCCCAAGUGCUCAACMAAACCCUGUGCACCAGGCUACACAUGCACGGAUUUUCCACAGGGAUACCAAUGCAAGUGUUCUGAUGCUACGAAAUGCGAUAUGGAUGCAAAGGGAUGUGAAGAUAUGUCGUGUAUUAAAGGUUCCAGUUCCAGAUCAUUCAGAGGCAAUAGCUACAUGCGUUAUCGACUAAAAGAGACUUUCAACCAGCCAUCACGAUCCGUUGGUCUUGCAAUCAAGACUGUUAAGAGUGAAGGAACGCUUGUUUUUGCYGCUGGACCAUAUGACUAUAGCAUACUUGAGAUCGUUAAAGGCUUCAUCCAACUACGUUUCGACUUCGGCAGCGGUGCWGGUGUUGUGAGCAUUGAUUGGUCACCGGUGAAUGAUGGGAAAUGGCAUCACGUGGCUGUGGAAAGACAAGGCAACCACGCAAAAGUCAUACUGGACCACGGAAAGCACCAGGCCUCGGGCCAGUCUCCCGGAAGAAUGCGCAUCCUAAAUCUUAAAGAAAACUCGAUUUACUUUGGUGCUCAAGUCAAUUCCAGGGUUAARCGUGCAAACGAUGCUGUUGUAAAGAAUGGUUUUGUUGGYUGUAUGCAAGACCUGAAUCUAAAUGGAAAGGACUUGCCUUUGACAGGCUCUAACGACCAUGCCACAGGAUACCCAACCAAUGUCAAAUCAGGGUGUAGUACAUCAAGAGCGUGCAGUGUACGGAACACAUGCCCACGSGCCAGUAAGUGCAUYGAGACGUUCACKGGGCGAAGAUGUGACUGUCUGCCUGGACACUCAGGASCAAAUUGCAAGCCAUUUGUCACGUGCUUAGAUAAACCAUGCAAAAACAAUGGCGUUUGUAAAAGGGAUAGCAUUGAUGGUUAUACGUGCACAUGUCCAAAAGACUACACAGGGUACCAGUGUGAGGUGUUUAUUGGCUCUUGUUCAAGUUCACCUUGUAUGAACGGUGGAAUGUGCCAACCCGAGAAGUCUGGUGACUACAAGUGCAUCUGCACUGAUGGUGUCAGCGGCGCUAACUGUGAGAUUGACAGGCGACCCUGUUCAUCCAAUCCGUGUCUGUUCAACGGGAAUUGCACUAAUCACGGAGACGACUACAAGUGCGCAUGUCCAUCUGGUUUCUCUGGUAAAAACUGCAAACAAGGAUUUCACUGCAACCGCACACCAUGUCUUAAUGGGGGCUCAUGUGACGAAGAGAAUGGUCGUUCAUUGUGYGUAUGUCCUGAAGGAUACACUGGACUUGAUUGUGGCCAAGAUGUCAAUGAGUGUACUAGUAAUCCAUGUAAAAACAACGGUGUUUGUGUCAACACUGUCGGUUCGUUUCACUGUAAUUGCUCGAUGAGUUCGUAUGGCGGUCCGCUGUGUGGUACAGUGUUAGCUGCAGUUACUCCUGACCAAUCAAAAUGGCCGCUGAGCAUGGAAGCCAUUAUCGGGAUCGGUGUYGUGCUGGCUGUGUUGCUAUUGCUUGUUCUAAUUAUCGUCAUUGUACUUCGCCGACGUGCUAGACGCAAACGCGCGUUACCACGUGAUGCUGACAAAGCCAAUCGUAACUCAGUACUCAAAGUCUCMCCUCCAGUAGUUGGUUCAGACUUGAACUCACCAACACCACCCACCCCUCCYCCAAGAAUUCCUGAYGAACAACCACCGGGCUACGAAGAAGAGGAGACCUGGAAACGACAUGAUAGCUCACCACAGUCAUUUGGUACAAGAAAAUCAUUAAAUAACUCUGAAAGCAACGUGGAGAAAUAUCACUGGGAUUAUACUGACAUACCAGGGGAUUUGGUUCGUCAACGACCUCUAAACAGAGAGCGUUCUGCUAGUUUCAUGGGCGUACCCGACGAUACAGCUUAUGAUGAUGAUGAUGAUGAUGAUAUACCUCGCAUCCCUGAAAGGUCCGCUAGUAUGAUGUCCUCACACAGCUCUGGUCUUGAUGCCCCCGAAGUCCCUCAACGUCCCCGCAACUACAGACCAUCGGAAUCUGAUGACCAGCAUCUCGAGGUACCACCAAUGCCACGACGAAGAAACCAGGGCCCGAGGUGUCCCAGCUCACGUUAUUCCAUGGAUUCAGAGUACUCUGAUAUGACUGAUUUAGAUUACUGUAAAUCCGUUGGGGGUGAUAGUGCGUACCCUGAUUUGUUCAAAGGAAGAUUCCCACGUCCCCCYAGGGAACCCUACCCGGAAAGYGUCGAUACGUUACCAGUAGGUCCAUACACUUUGACAAAYGUUCGUGAUUCUGAGAUUGGUAGUGUGACCGACUUCUCCGAGGAUGACCUCGAACGAGUUUACCUGGGAACAAGCCGAAUGGAAGCCUGUGGGGACUCCCCUGAAAAUACCUAUUUGCAUUCUGAGAACGGAGAUGAGGACUUGGACAGUGAAUGUGGUCUUCAACCUGAAGAUCCUGACUUCCAUCAGACUUUGCAAAAUGAAAUCAAAGAAAUGAUGAAUCAGUUAGAAGAACUCAAAAUGGAAUCAGAGUUAUAGUAGAUCUAUGUUUAUAUUAUAUUAGAACCCCGUUAAUUCGAGCCAACCUCUUUAAAACGAACAGACACUUCGUGUCAUUGCUGUAGUCCCGUGAACAAAACCCUUGUCAAACCGAGAGUAGUGCUCACUGAAAAAGUAAAUUCUUUCUUUUAAAAACAACGGUUUUGUUGAAAUCAUGGGUGUAUUUUAAGUAUUUUUGAUACGUUAAUAGUUUGUAGGCUCUKUUUGAACGGCGAAUCUUUCAUGUUUGUACCUACUGAUUCUCGACACAUGAAAGGACGGCGUUUGAAUACUAGUAAUUACCAGAAAUCGUUUUGCACAACAAGCAAUGAUAUCAGAUUCUGUUUCACUGUUUCGCUUCGUUUGUUUCUAGUUAGACGAUUUGCUUGUUGUUUCUGUGUAAAUAUUAAUGAAACGAAAAUACUUCAAAUUUGUUCUUGAUUUUUAACAGUUAGCCUUAUAUUUUGAUGGUAGAUUUUGUAUUUUGUACGACCAUUUGUAGGCAAUCUUUCUUAGCCAUUUUUCCAAAUUGAUAUUUAAAACGAGGUUGACAGCCUCUCAAACAAUCACAGUUUUAUAAUCGUUAAGUCAUGAGUUGAUAAGAUAUUUAUCGUUUUAGCAUCAAGAAUUGUUUAUAUUGCUGUACAUUGAGGUAAUUUAUUUUUGUAUAUCACGUUUAAAAUAAAGUUAGAACUAUGUUUCACAUACAGCUAACGGCGCUCUUCGAGUAAUUUUGUAUCUUUUAUAAAGAGUUUUGUAACAAUGCUGUGUUGCAGACAAUAUAAUAAAGCUUAUGUUGACUUGAA